AUGCAUCGCCUAUUCCUCCUCUCGUUCCUCAGCAUCCUGCAUCUCACGGUCGCCUGGCCCUACGACGAAUCGCUAGUCGAGUACAACCUCAACGAAAACAAAUCCGCCGAGUCUCCGAUCGACUACUGGGGAGCAUGGCCGAACCACGAGUACCACCCGUCGCCGGAUAACUGGCGACUGCCAACGUACACGAUCUUCAUGGACCGGAUAGCAAACGGCGAUCCGAGCAACGACAACAUCAACGGGACCGCGUUCGAGCAUGUCAUCACCUCCAACCAGAUGCGCCAUGGCGGUGACCUGGCGGGCCUGCUUGACUCGCUCGAUUACAUCCAGGGCAUGGGCUUCAAGGUCAUUUACUUUGCGGGCACGUACCUCAUGAAUCUGCCCUGGGCGUAUGAUGGGUACUCACCUGUGGACACGACGCUGCUGGACAUGCACCUGGGGACGCUGGAGGACUGGAGGAACGCGAUUGCCGAGAUUCACCGGCGCGGCAUGUACGUCGUCGUGGACAAUACAGUUGCAACACUCAGCAACCUCAUCGGCUUCAAAGGCCACCUCAACGACUCCGCCGACUUCACCCCAUACGAGUACGAAGUGCAGUGGGUCUCCGACCGGCAAUACGCAGACUUCAGCUUUGGCAACACGUACAACGAGACAUGCGAGUAUCCCAAAUUCUGGGCGGAAGACGGAUACCCACUGACCGACAGCGGCGUCGAGAACCUGAAAGGCUGCUACAACAGCGACUUCGACCAAUACGGCGAGCUCGAGGCCUUCGGCAAUUUCCCCGACUGGCAGCGCCAGCUGACCAAGUUUGCGAGCGUGCAGGACCGCCUGCGCGAGUGGCACAAGCCCGUCCGCGACAUCCUCACCCGGCAUUCGUGCAUGCAGAUCGCGAGUUUGGAUAUCGAUGGCUUCCGCUUCGACAAGAGCGUGCAGGCAACCCUCGAACCCCUGGCCGAAAUCAUCUCAACAUACCGCACCUGCGCGAAGAAAUACGGGAAACACAACUUCUUCCUCCCUGGCGAAAUCACAUCAGGCGACGUCUUCGGGAGUCUCUAUCUCGGACGCGGCCGCCAACCAGACCAACGCCCCGACAACGCCUACGAGGGCGCAAAGCUCACCAACGACUCAGACGCCAACUUCCUCCGCGACGACGGCCUGCAGGCCCUCGACGCCUCCGCCUUCCACUACACAAUCUACCGCUCCAUGACGCGCUUCCUCGGCAUGGACGGCAACCUGGUAGCAGGGCACGACCUGCCCACGGACUUCAUCGAAGCCUGGAACGAAAUGCUGCGGACAAACGACUUCCUGAACGCGUUCACCGGCGAGCUCGACCCACGCCACAUGUACGGCGUCAGCAACCAGGAUAACUUCCGGUGGCCGGCCGUGGCAAACGGGACGGACAAGUACCUGCUUGGUCUGAAUAUAGUGUCCCUAGUCCUGCCCGGCAUCCCGCUGAUCCUGUGGGGCGAGGAGCAGGCGAUGUACGUGUUCGACGCGACGGCAAGCAACUACAUGUUCGGGCGGCAGCCGCUGACCGCGCAGACGGCGUGGUGGACGAACGGGUGCUUCAACCUCAACACGUCCAAGUUCUACGACUUCCCUGUGGAGAAGGGGCGGCACGGAUGCGAGGACAUCAGCAUCACGUACGACCAGCGCAACCCCGCGCACCCGCUGCGCAAUAUCAUGAAGCGCAUGUUCGAGAUCCGCGACCGUUACCCCGUUGCCCGCGACGGCGUGUACCUGCAGACGAUCGCGCAGCUGACGGAGGACGUCUACCUGCCUGGGUCUUCGACGACGCCGACGGUUACGGGGUUGUGGAGCGUGCUGCGGAGCUACUUUGACGGCGUGCAGAAGCAGGCGAAUGGGACGGGGGCCGACGAGAAGCUGUGGCUGGUGUAUCAGAAUGGGAACGCCACGACGAAAUACGGCGAUGGGAAGUGCAGUAAUAAGACGGCGGCCUUGCUCUCGCCGUUUGAGAGCGGCACGAAGCUCCGCAAUCUGUUUUACCCGUAUGAUAACUUGACUGUGGCGGAUGGGCCGGAUGAUGAUUAUGGGUGCGUCAAGGAGAUGGAGUUGCUGCCGUGGGAGUAUCGGGCGUAUGUAAGGGCCAGCGACUUUGUCGAUCCUGGGCCGACGGUGACGGAGUUUGUGCCUGGGCAUGAUGCGAGGAUCUUCUCGGACAGCGAUGACGGGGAGAGUGUGACGGUGCAGCUGGGGUACUCGACGGUCAUGACAUGCGACGACAUCACGGAGGCGAUUGUGCUGGACUCGAAGACGGAGAAGGGCGUCAAUGCCACGCUCGACACGGACAGCGUCAACUGCACGAGCAUCACGGCCAGAACAACAGACAACGGCUUCGUGGGCGAGAUCCCGACGGUGUGGACGUGGUCUGCGAAGCUCAACAACCUCCACCACGGCAUCCACCAGCUCACCGUCAAGAAUGUGACCUCCCCAUCCCAUGGCCACACCAACUCCACCGACAAGUUCCUGCUGCGUGUUGGCACGCACGAGAACCCGCUCAUCAACACCUUUGCCAACUACUCCUCCACCCUGGUCCACCAGUCCGGCGAUGAUUAUCAUGUCCAGCACAAGGCCGCAGGCGCCGACCAGUUCAGGUACUCGUCUGACUUCGGACGCUCCUGGUCAAACUGGGAGACGUACAGCGGUGGUAAUACGACCGUGCAGAUCAACACCACCGCAACAGAAGGCCUGGGCAGCUGGGACGGCACGCACAUCCGCGUGCAGUACUUCUCCAGACUCACCGGCAGCAGCAGCUACAUCCAAGAAGGCGACUACGGCUGGAAGGACAAUGCGUCUCGCCGCUUCCCACACCUCUACUGGAACGGCCCGUACAACCAGUACGGCUACGACGGCGGCCUGAACAACGAAGUCCGCUACGACACCGACAAGGGCCGCUGGCUGUUCGAUUUCGUCUACGAGUGGCCGGCCGUCGGGCAGCUGAACGUCUGGGGGAAGGACAGCUCGGGCGUCCCAGAUACAACAGAGGUCUACGGCGACGUGGGCAAUACGUCCGUCGUGCAGAAGCUGCCGCCAUCGUACCUGUCGUCCAAUGUGAUCAACAUCACCGGCCUCCCCCCCUUCCCCCACCUCGGCUGGACCAUCUCCCUCAACGACGCAAACCUCAACUACGAGCUCCUCCCCGUCGGCUCCGGCUGGGCCCAGCUGGCCCUGUACAUCCUGCUCUGGACCAUCCCAAUCCUCAUGGGCGCCGCCGGCGUCUUCAUCUUCAUCCGCACCUUCUACCGCGUCCAGCUCAACAAAGACGGCAACGCGGUCGAAAGCGACACCGCCCCGCUGGUCCUGUACAAGCGGCUGAAAGACCGCAUCGCCGGCGCGAGCGAUUCCCGCCUCGACCUCGCAGGCACAGGCCCUGCCUCUCCCGAACCAACGGACAUCGCGGCCGCCGUCGCAUCCGGCGCAUCGCCCAAGCGCACCGUGCUGAUCGCAACAAUGGAAUACGACAUCGCGGACUGGAAGGUCAAGGUGAAGAUCGGCGGGCUGGGCGUGAUGGCGCAGCUCAUGUCCGCCAACCUCAAGCACCAGAACCUCAUCUGGGUUGUCCCCUGCGUCGGCGACAUCGAGUACCCCGUCGACACGCCGGUGGAGCCGUUCGUCGUGACGGUGCUGGACAAGCCCUACCUCGUGAACGUGCAAUACCACGUCGUCGAGAAUAUCACGUAUGUAUUACUAGAUGCGCCUGUCUUCCGCCACCAAACCAAAGCAGAGCCCUACCCGCCCCGCAUGGACGACCUCGACAGCGCAAUCUACUAUUCCGCCUGGAACCAGUGCAUCGCCGAAGCGAUCCGCCGCAAUCCCAGUAUCGACCUGUACCACAUCAACGAUUUCCACGGGUGUCUGGCGCCGCUGUACCUCCUGCCCACCCGCACAAUCCCCGUCUGCCUGUCCCUGCACAACGCGGAAUUCCAAGGCCUCUGGGCGCUGCGGACACAGCAGGAAAAGAAGGAGGUGUGCAGCGUGUUCAACCUCCCCGUCGAAACAGCAACCAAGUACGCGCAGUUCGGCAACGUGUUCAACCUGCUCCACGCAGGCGCAAGCUAUCUCCGCUGGCACCAGCGCGGUUUUGGAGCCGUUGGUGUCUCUGAUAAGUACGGUGCACGCUCGUGGGCGCGAUACCCGAUUUUCUGGUCCCUGGGUAAAAUCGGCGCGCUGCCCAAUCCUGAUCCUGCGGACACAAAGGCCGAGAAUGAGGUUGUUGUGCAGAGCACGCAGGAGGCGAUCAAUGACAAACUGCAGGCGCAGCGGUGGGCGGGUCUCACCGAGGAUCCAGAGGCCGAUUUAUUGGUCUUUGUUGGACGCUGGAGUAAGCAGAAGGGCGUUGACCUGAUCGCGGACGUCAUGCCGGCCGUUCUCUCCGCGCGUCCAAAGACGCAGUUGAUUUGCAUCGGCCCGCUGAUUGACCUCUACGGGAAACUGGCGAGUAUCAAGCUGGCGCGGAUCAUGGAGAUGUUUCCUGGCCGGGUGUUUUCGAAGCCUGAGUUUACCGUGCUCCCGCCGUAUAUCUUCUCCGGCGCGGACUUUGCACUGAUCCCGUCGCGCGAUGAACCGUUCGGCCUAAUUGCCGUGGAAUUCGGGCGCAAGGGCGCGCUCGGCAUCGGGUCCAAGAUCGGAGGGCUCGGCCAGAUGCCGGGGUGGUGGUAUACCGUUGAAUCAGACAGCACACGGCACCUCCUGCACCAGCUGCGCACGGCAAUCAAGUCCGCGUUAGAUUCAAGCGAGGAAACACGGGCCGAGAUGCGCGCGAACUCGGCGAAGCAGCGCUUCCCCGUCCUGGACUGGGUGCAGAAGCUGGAGGUGCUGCAGCGCAGCUCGAUCAAGAUCCACCACGCGAAGAACGCGGAGACGGUUGCGGGCCCGCUGCCGGAGCAGGGCGACUGGGAUAUGCAAGCUGGUGGGACCCGGCAUUCGAGCAUGAUGAUGCUGAGCUCGAGGCCCAUGUCUGGUCUGUCGAGCGCCAUGGCCAGCAGGACGAGCCUUGCGCCGCCGCAGCCGUCGCUGCUGGAUCUGCAGGCUGCUGAGGCGCAGCAGAUGCAGGUUGACAACAUCGCGACCAGGGGCAGCAUGCUCGGCCGCAAGCUCUCGCUCGGUCGACGCUCCGGACCGGGCGCGGGCAAGAAGCUGCGCAAGAAGUCGCUGACCAACAGCCAGGUCCUCGAAGAGCCGAUUGAGACCGACGCCGAAGCAGAGGCCGACGACGACGCCAGCGGCGAGAGCACAGACGCCACGACGCCGCCGCUGGGGCAGGAGAACUUCAUCACGCACGAGGAGGCCAUGGCCGCCGUGAACUCGUCCCUGCGCUCCCCGGACGGAACCCUAGCCCCGAAUCCAACACACACACGCGCGAACUCCAGCCUCUCCAUCAGCCCCGGCCGCAGCCACUCGCGCGCAAACUCGAGCAUCUCCACGCCAGACUCAUCACGUCUUGUGUCCCGGGACUCGUCGCCCGUCCGUGCCCCGAACCCCGUCUACCUCUCCAGCCGGAACGUCUCGACACUGUCCCUCCCAGCCGUCGCAGGCGACCACGACCAGCCGGUCUUCGAGCUGCAGAAGGUGGACCCCACGUUCACAGACAGCACGAGCCACUUCACAAGACGCUUCGAGGGCCUGCUUCAAGACCUGAACAAGAAGAACUCGGCCACGGACCUCUGCAUCGAGACGUAUCUUAUGAAGAGCGAGCGCAAGUUCUUCGACAUGUACACGGACGCCCAGCUCAAGAAACAUCCCAAGGAGAAGGACCGCCCCGUCACAGGCCUCGACCGACGACCACGGCUCCUCCGACUCCACCGGCGCCGACGAAAUCGACCAGUGGCUCGCGCGCCUGGGCUACAAGCGCCCCAUGUUCAUCCAGCGCUUCAUGCGCAAGCGGAUCGGCACAUGGCCCGUCUACGCCCUCUUCCUGGGCCUCGGCCAGAUCAUCGCGACGAAUUCCGCCCAGAUCACGCUGCUGGUUGGCCAGGUCGGCGAGGCCGCGACGAAGCUGUACAUCAUUGCGGCGAUCUACUGCGUCUCGUCGAUGGGGUGGUGGGGGCUCUUCUACCGCUUUCCUUCCGUGAUUGUGCUCAGUGUCCCGUGGUUCAUUUACGCCGCGGCCUUCGUGAUCAUCGGCGUUUCGCCGUUUGGGGCGUCCGCGCUGGGUCGCGCCUGGGCGCAGAAUGUGGCGGCGGGGGUUUAUGCCGUUGCGAGCAGCAGUGGGAGUUUCUUCUUCGCGCUGAAUUUCGGCGACCAGGGCGCUGUGCCCGUGAAGGACUGGAUGUUCCGCGCUUCGUUGAUCCAGGGGUUGUCGCAGCUGUACACCGUUGCACUCUGGUACUGGAGCUCGCGGGUCACGGCGGUGCAGGUCGGCGGCGUGUCGACGUUAGCCCUGAACAGCUGGCGCCUCACAGCCGUCGUGAUGCCCAUCGCGCUGGUGUGCUUCGUCAUCGGCGUCCUACUCGCCCUGGGCCUCCCGAAAUUCUACCGCCAGGCCCCCGGCAAGAUCCUCUUCUUCUACACCUCUCUCCUGCGGAGACGGAUCGUCCUGUGGUUCUUCUUCAUGGUGAUCGUGCAGAACUGGUUCCUCGCCGCCGCGACAGGGCGCAACUGGUCCUUCCUGUGGUCCUCGUCGCACGCGAAAACUUGGCACGUCGUCCUGCUUGUCCUCCUCUUCUUCGUCCUCCUCUGGGUCGCCGCCAUGCUGGCAUUCCGCUUCCUGGCAAAGGAACACAGCUGGAUCCUCCCUGUCUUCGGCCUCAGUAUUGGUGCGCCGCGCUGGGCGCAGAUCUGGUGGGGGACCAGCAAUAUUGGAUACUAUCUCCCCUGGGCGGGGUCGUUGACGAGCGGUGCGAUUGCGUCCCGGUGUUUGUGGCUUUGGCUGGGGUUGCUUGA